AUGCAGCUGUCACUCGUGGCCCUGGCCGCUGUCUUCCAGGCAGCGGUUAGCACCGCCUCUUCGCUCACUCCACCCGUUAUCCCCUUGAUCGUACGAAAUCCAUAUCUGAGCACCUGGCUUGCAAAUGCUCGGGAUGCACCUUGGUCAAAAUGGCCCAUGUUCUACACUGGAGAGGAGGUGGGACUUUCUUUGAUGGCUCACCUUCCAAGUCAGAAUACCGUCUACCCUCUUGUUGGCAAGCCCCACGAGUCUUUGGGUGUUAAAUCAGACUAUAAGAUCAUGUUCCCCAACUACCUUGGCCUGAACUACGAUGCCUCAACGACCAACCUGACCUACCACAUUGAUACUGGUACCGGAAACCCUCUCGACAUUACAAUUUCUUUCCUUUCACCCAUUACGCCAACUUCAACUCUGCGCCAGUCAAUCCCGGCCUCCUAUGUUUCAAUCGAUGUCCAAGGCGAUGUCGACGUCAGCAUCUAUAUGGAUGUUGACGGCCGCUGGGUCAGCGGAGAUACUGGUAGCAAGAUCAAGUGGGAAUGGGAUAGCUUGAAGACCGAGCACGAGAAGCUUACACUUAAUCGAUGGCAAGUACAGAGGGAGAACGAGCUUCUUUUCACAGAGACUCGCGACCGUGCGGAAUGGGGCAGUCUUCAUUUCACUGGACCAUCUGACGCUAAAUUCCAGUCUGGAUAUGCGACUGAUGUACGCCGAGGUUUCGCAAGCUCGGGAACUCUACAAAACACCAACGAUGAUAAAUUCCGCGCUAUUCAGGAUCGAGCGCCGGUUUUUGCGUUCUCCAAAUCUUUCCACCUCGGCCAUUCAUCCAAGAUUUACGACGACAGCGUCACCUUUACUCUUGCUUUUAUCCAAGUCCCCGUUGUUCAGUAUGCAUCAUCUCGUGGGCUCACCCUGAUGCGACCCUUAUGGGAAUCUUGGUACCCAACAACAGAAGAGCUCCUGGGUUUCCACUACAGGGACUACGCUGCAGCUAGUUCUCUAGCAUCUAAUUACUCACAGCAGGUGGCAGAUGACGCGUACUUGUCGGGAGCCGAUGACUAUGUUGACAUCGUUGCCCUUACUGCGAGGCAAGUCAUGGGCGCCACUACCUUUUCAGGAACCCCGGAUGACCCGAUUCUGUUCCUAAAGGAGAUCUCUUCAAAUGGCAACUUCCAAACUAUCGAUGUCAUCUUCCCCGCGUUCCCCUUCUUCAUGUACACGAACCCCCGGUGGUUGGCGUACCUUUUGGAGCCGCUGAUCGAGCACAUGCUGAGCGGGCAAUACCCCAAUAAGUAUGCGAUGCACGAUUUGGGUACACACUUCCCCAAUGCGACCGGACAUCCUGAUGGGAAAGACGAGUACAUGCCGGUCGAAGAGUGUGGUAACAUCCUCAUCAUGGGCUUGGCUAUCGUGAACUCGCUUCGCUAUGAAGACUCUACCGCGGCCUCAUCCAUUUGGUCAACACAGGGGUCGCCCUCAUUAAGCCCUGAAAGCGAGACUUCUGGACUGUUCCCUCUUGACAAUUUACAGGUACUGUCCGGAAUUGCUCACCAAGAUAGCAAAUGGGGUGGUGGUAGCAAGGGCCAGCACCAGGCUGAGAAAUGGGUGAAGCGGAGCUAUAGUCUAUGGAAACAGUGGACCGGAUAUCUGGUGGAGUUCUCUCUUGAGCCUGCUAACCAACUCUCUACCGAUGACUUUGCAGGCUGGCUGGCUCUCCAGACCAACCUGGCUCUCAAGGGAAUUGUGGGCAUCAACGCGAUGAGCAAGAUCGCCGAGGUAGCCGGUCAGGAUGCCGACGCUGCUUAUUUCAAGAAAGUCGCCAGCGACUACAUCACCAAAUGGGAGAAGUUUGGCAUGUCCCGAGAUGGCACACAUGCGAAGCUUGCCUACGACUGGUAUGGCUCUUGGACAACGAUCUACAACCUCUACGCCGAUGCCCAGCUCUGCUUCCACCUAGAGGAUACCGAUACCGAUUCGCCUGGGUUUGUUCCGCGCCACAUCUACCAGAAACAGUCUGUGUGGUAUCACUAUGUGCGUCAGAAGUACGGCCUGCCCCUCGACAGCCGCCACAUGUACACCAAGACAGACUGGGAGUUCUUCUCAAUGGCUGUCGCCUCCAAGCCUGUGCGUACAGAGAUCCUCCAGUCUGUCGCACGCUGGGUCAAUGAGACGACCACUGAUCGUCCAUUGACCGACUUGCACAACACGGAGGGUGACGGGGGCUUCCCUGGUCCGAACUUCUUCGCUCGGCCUGUCGUUGGUGGCCAUUUUGCUUUCCUAGCGUUGAAGCGUGCCUGUGGUGGAAAGGCCAUGCCUGGCCUGUCUUUCCUCGACGAUGUCGACGAGGAGGCCUUGGCGGUUUGGGCCCAGAGUGCCGAGUCUGCCGCGAAAGAAUUCACCAUGCCUGGGCGGAACCGCCAUGGCGAGGGAGAGCUGUAG